AUGUUCAUGAUUUCCAUCCAGGGUCUACGAUAUCAAACUCCGAUGUAUUCAAAACCUAUUUCAAAUAUGUUAAUGGUAAAGUGUACUUCUCAAAACAUCUUUAUUGAAAGAGAACCCAUAUAUGUGAGCGAGAGGGGAAUAACAGCAAGAAGUGGAAGAAAUGAGGUAAAGUUAAUUCAAAUAUGGAACUCGGCUCCAAGAGAUGUCACUAGCCUCUAUCAGAGUGAUGUUAAACAGCACCAAUUGAAACCAUGGGGAACUAAAUUUCAAAUGGAAGAUGGAGUAGUUCAUGUUUAUGCAAAUAAAGAUUUUUUUCAGUGUGGUGAACUUCUACAAUAGCUGAAUGUAUGCACAAAAGUUGGAUGGUGAAUGGUCAGUUGAGAAGAUGCUUUGAGUAAUUAACAAAUAUUGCAGAUUUUGGCGAUGAGAUGGGACAGAAGGUGGUAUAGAUGUUUGCUUUCUUUUUUAAGCAUAGGCGAAGUAUUUAUCCACUUAUCAGCUAUGAAAUGUUGUGCUAUGGGGAGGAGGGAGAUAAUAAAUCAAUAAAAUAUUAAACCAACAUAAGUUGGGAAGAUUAAAGCUUCCACCUUUACAGCUUCCUGGAAGUCUUUAUGGCAUGGAAAUGAUUGGUUUUUCCUAGCCUUUCUUCUUGGAGUAUCUUAAAUCUUAAAGUGAAUGGGGAAUCCGUCAAAGGUUAGGCAUCAAAUGAUCAAAGAGUACUCGGAAUCAAAGCCUUUUAACAUUCAGUCCCAAGAUAUUGGUCUGUGAUUCAGGAACUGAUGUACAACAUUUGAGUAUGUUUAGUUUGUGUUUUUGUGGUUGUACAUUGUCCAUCAUUGUUUGUACUAUUCAGAUUCUAGAAUGUUAUCUAUGAAAGAGGCAAAACGGUCUCCUGCUCGACUUAAAUCACAUUUGUACAAGAAAUCUAUUUGAAGCUAUUGAUAUUUGUCAUAUUCGCAGCUGAUAUAUAAAUUUGAAUUCAAUUGAGACC